CGGCUGGUCGGCCUGCGGCGGCGCAGAGCGGAGCGGGCGUGGGGGGGCCCCGGCAGGGCGGGGGCCGGAGCCAGGCCGGGCCGGGGCCGGGAUGCCCCUGUUCUUCUCCGCGCUGUUGGCCUUGCUGUUGGUCGUGCUCAGCGCCCUGUUAGGCCGGUGGUUUGUGGUCCGGUUGGUCACCAAGUGGUGUCAGCGAAAGCUGCAGGCGGAGCUAAAGAUUGGCUCCUUUUUUUGGAUCCAGAAUGUCAGCCUUAAGUUUCAGCAACACCAGCAAACUGUGGAAAUUGAUAGCCUGUGGAUUUCCAGCAAACUCCUUAGCCAUGAUCUGCCACGCUAUGUGGCAUUGUGCUUUGGAGAAGUACGUAUCAGGACGGACCUACAGAAGGUUUCUGGCCUUUUUGCCCCAUUUUCCCAAAGCACUGGGGUACAUCAAAAGGAACUGUCCUUCAGUCCAUCCUUACUGAAGAUCUUCUGUCAGCUAUUCUCCAUUCAUGUAGAUUCUAUAAACAUCAUGGUUCUCAAGGUGGCUACUUCUGAGUCUUUGUGGCACAUUCAAAUCAGAGAAAGCAGCUUUCUUUUGGAUUGUGAUGGGAAAAGGCUGAAAUGUGAAGUUGGCCUAAAUCAGAUCAACAGCAAAGUUCUAAAGAGUGGCCAAUUGGAGGACACCUGCUUAGCGGAGCUCUCACUGGCCCUAAAGUUGUGUCUAGAGGUGGGCAUCAGCAGUCGGCAACUGAAGGCCAUCACUGUGGAUAUGUGGACACUCCAUGCUGAACUGCAUGAAGGCCUUUUUCAUAGUCAGCUGCUAUGUCAGGGCCCAAGCCUGGCACCCAAACCUUGUUCAGAAGUGACAGAGAACUUGGCUGAGCCAACUCUGCCUGGCCUGUACCUCCUUCAGCAGCUGCCAGAUCAGGUCAAGGUGAAAAUGGAGAUCACAAGUGUGGUGCUGUCCAUGAAUAGUCAAAAGAGGCACCUGAAUUGGACACUGAAGCUGUUGCAUUUCCUGUACCACCGUGAUGAGGAUCAGCUGCCUCUUCGAAGCUUCACAGCAAACUCGGAUUUGGCACAGAUGAGCACUGAACUCGUACUAAAAGAUGGGUUGUUGCUGUCCCAGAGCCGCCAGCGCAUUGUCUGUCUCAACUCCCUCAAGGCUAUUGUGCAGGUGACCACUAUUGACCUUUCAGCCUCCCUGGUUUUGAAUACUUGUAUUAUUCAUUACCGGCACCAGGAAUUCUCUCACUGGCUGCACAUGCUAGCACUGGAGACCCAAGGGUCUAGCUCAUCUGUUUUUAAACAAAGAAAGAAAAGAACCUUCCCCCAAAUCCUGGCUCCCAUCAUCUUUAGCACCUCCAUCUCCAAUGUCAAUGUUUCCGUUCAGCUUGGUGAUACACCACCCUUUGCCUUGGGAUUCAAUGCUAUCUCUCUAGAUUACCAACACCUGAGGCCACAAAGUAUCCAUCAGCGGGGUGUCCUAACUGUGGACCAUCUCUGCUGGAGGGUGGGCAGUGACUCCCACAUUCAGCGAGCACCCCACCCACCCAAUAUGCAUGUUUGGGGUGAGGCACUUGUCCUGGACUCCUUCACACUACAGGGUAGCUAUAAUCAGCCUUUGGGCCUGUCUAGUACCCAGUCAGAUACCCUCUUUCUGGAUUGUACCAUCCGAGGACUGCAGGUAGAAGCAUCAGAUACCUGUGCCCAAUGUCUCUCUCGCAUUUUAUCCUUGAUGGACACACAGUCUGGAAAGUCAGCUGUCUCUAGAGAAUCUUCAUUUGGGGAAUCUGUGUCAUUGCUGUGGAAGGUAGACUUGAAGGUGGAGGACAUGAACUUGUUCACCCUUUCUGCCCUGAUUGGUGCUUCAGAGGUCCGACUAGACACACUGACCAUCCUGGGAAGUGCUGAAACCUCCACUGUGGGUGUCCAGGGACUUGUGCUUGCCCUAGUGAAGUCAGUCACAGAGAAGAUGCAGCCCUGCUGCAAAGCUCCUGACAUCCCCACUCCUGUGCUCAGUCUCUCCAUGCUCUCCAUCACCUAUCACAGCAGCAUCCGCUCUCUGGAGGUUCAGUGUGGUACAGGGCUGACCUUACUUUGGAGCCCGCCAGAUCACAUGUACCUGUAUCAGCAUGUCUUGGCUACCCUACAUUGCCGAGACCUACUAAGAGCCACUCUGUUUCCCGAGUCUGUUCCAUUCCUUGCACUAGAGACUCCAGAGACUGUGUCUGAACUGGAAGGCCUUCUCCCUGAGCCAUCUCCUCCAAAGCGGCUACUAAACCUAACACUAGAGGUGAACACAGCUAAGCUGACAGCUUUUGUAGCUGAGGACAAGUUCAUUACCCUGGCUGCAGAGAGUGUGUCACUGAGCCGGCAUGGGGGUUCACUACAGGCUUACUGCCCGGAGCUGGCUGCUGGCUUUGAUGGUAAUAGCAUCUUCAACUUUAAGGAAGUGGAGGUACAGCUGUUACCUGAACUGGAGGAGAUGAUCCUCCACCGGAACCCUUUCCCUGUGCUGCAGACCCUCCGGAAUCGUGUUUGGCUCCUCUCCUUGGGCUCAGUCUCGGUGGAGUUUCCUUAUCAGUAUGAUUUCUCUCGAACUCUGGAUGAGGCUGUGGGAGUUCAGAAAUGGCUGAAGGGGUUGCAUCGAGGAACUCAUGCUCAGGCUUCUCCAAGCCCUGCCCCACUCCCACCUGAUCUACUCUUAAAGGUUCAGCACUUCUCAUGGGUUUUCCUUGAUGACAUUUUUGAGGUGAAACUUCGUGAUAACUAUGAACUAAUGAAGGAUGAAAGUAAGGAGAGUGCCAAAAGGCUGCAGUUGCUGGAUGCCAAGGUGGCUGCCCUUCGGAAGCAACAUGGGGAGUUAUUGCCAGCCCGUAAAAUUGAGGAGCUCUAUGCCUCUUUGGAACAUAAAAACAUUGAAAUUUACAUUCAGCGCUCCCGUCGUCUCUAUGGCAACACACCUAUGCGCCGGGCACUGCUCACUUGGAGCGUGGCAGGGCUAGAGCUGGUAGCUCUGGCAGAUGCCUCCUUCCAUGGGCCUGAGCGUGUGGUAGAGCAAGUUCAAGAGCUUGAUCCAGGCAGCCCUUUUCCUGCUGAAGGAGUAGAUCUUGUCAUUCAGUGGUGUCGUAUGCUCAAGUGCAGUGUUAAGACGUUUUUGGUUCGGAUAAGAGAUUAUCCCCGGUACCUGUUUGAGAUACGUGACUGGCGGCUGAUGGGUCGACUUGUGGGCACCGAACAGAGUGGUCAGCCUUGCUCCCGGCGGCGUCAAAUCUUGCACUUGGGGCUUCCAUGGGGUAAUGUGGCAGUAGAGAGGAACAUGCCUCCACUCAAGUUCUACCACGACUUCCGCUCGGAAAUCUUUCAGUACACAGUAGUAUGGGGCCCAUGCUGGGAUCCAGCCUGGACACUGAUUAGCCAGUCUGUGGACCUCUUGACCAAGCCUUCAGCUGACCCCAGCCCACCCUUGCCCUGGUGGGACAAGAGCCGUCUUCUGUUCCAUGGGGACUGGCACAUGGAUAUUGAACAGGCAAAUCUGCACCAGUUGGCUACUGAGGACCCGUACAACACCACAGAAAAUAUGCACUGGGAGUGGAGCCACCUGUCUUUUCAUUGGAAACCUGGUCAGUUUGUGUUCAGGGGUGACUUGGAUGUCAACGUGAGAACAGCUUCUAAGUAUGAUGACUGCUGUUUCCUUCACCUGCCUGACCUCUGCAUGACACUGGACCUGCAAUGGCUGUGCCAUGGGAACCCCCAUGAUCACCACAGUGUUACUCUGCGGGCCCCAGAGUUUCUGCCAGAGGUGCCCUUGGGCCAGCUCCAUGACUCCUACCGAGCAUUCCGCUCUGAGAACCUCAAUCUCUCCAUCAAGAUGGAUCUGACCCGGCACAGUGGGACAAUAUCCCAGCCCCGGAUUCUGUUAUAUAGUAGUACCCUGCGCUGGAUGCAAAACUUCUGGGCAACUUGGACUAGUGUUACAAGGCCUAUCUGUAGGGGAAAGCUCUUCAAUAACCUGAAACCUAGCAAGAAGAAACUUGGCCAGCACUACAAACAGCUUUCCUAUACUGCACUUUUUCCCCAGCUGCAGGUGCAUUAUUGGGCCUCAUUUGCCCAGCAACGGGGCAUCCAGAUUGAAUGCAGUCAGGGCCAUGUCUUCACUAGGGGAACUCAGCGACUUAUACCUCAAGCAGGCACAGUGAUGCGGCGCCUCAUCUCUGACUGGAGUGUGACCCAGAUGGUUAGUGACCUAAGUCAGGUGACUGUUCACCUGAUGGCUUCGCCCACUGAAGAGAAUGCUGAUCACUGCCUUGAUCCCUUGGUAACAAAGACCCACCUACUGAGCCUGUCCUCCCUCACCUACCAGCGGCAUAGCAAUCGCACAGCUGAGGAGGAGCUCUCUACUCGAGUUGGGGAUCCUGCCUUUCAUACACACCAGCUGCACUUGGUAGAUUUACGGGCUUCCUGGACAACAACCAAUCGGGACAUUGCCUUUGGUUUAUAUGAUGGCUAUAAAAAGGCAGCAGUACUCAAACGUAAUCUCUCUACUGAGGCCCUGAAGGGGUUAAAGAUUGAUCCCCAGAUGCCAGCUAAAAAGCCAAAGCAGAGUGUUCUGACCAGUGCCCCAACCCCGCCUCCCGUCAGCACUCCCAGCUUUAGCGGACAGCCUGAUAAGGGGUCAUCAGGAGGUGCCUACAUGUUGCAGAAGCUGAUUGAAGAGACGGAUAGGUUUGUAGUGUUCACAGAAGAGGAGUCAGGUGUGAGUGACCAGUUGUGUGGCAUUGCUGCCUGCCAGACGGAUGACAUAUAUAACCGAAACUGCCUUAUUGAGCUGGUUAACUGCCAGAUGGUUCUUCGUGGAGCAGAGACAGAAGGCUGUGUCAUUGUAUCAGCUGCCAAAGCUCAGCUGCUGCAGUGCCAACACCAUCCAGCCUGGUAUGGUGACACACUGAAGCAAAAGACAUCUUGGACUUGCCUACUGGAUGGCAUGCAGUACUUUGCCACCACUGAAAGCAGCCCCACUGAGCAGGAUGGCCGACAGCUGUGGUUAGAGGUAAAGAAUAUUGAGGAGCACCGGCAGCGUAGUCUGGAUUCUGUGCAGGAGCUGAUGGAGAGCGGGCAGGCAGUGGGAGGCAUGGUUACCACGACCACAGAUUGGAACCAGCCAGCUGAGGCGCAACAAGCCCAGCAAGUCCAGCGGAUCAUUUCACGCUGUAGCUGCCGAAUGUACUAUAUUAGUUACAGCCAUGACAUUGAUCCUGAACUAGCAACUCAGAUUAAGCCACCUGAGGUCCAUGAGAACCAGGAAAAGGAAGAUCUCCUAAAGAAACACGAAGGGGCUGUGGAUACCUUCACCCUUAUUCAUCACGAGCUGGAAAUCUCUACCAACCCAGCUCAGUAUGCUAUGAUCCUGGACAUUGUCAACAACCUGCUGCUUCACGUAGAACCCAAGCGGAAGGAACACAGUGAGAAGAAGCAGCGGGUCAGGUUCCAGCUUGAGAUAUCUAGCAAUCCUGAGGAACAACGUAGCAGCAUAUUACAUUUGCAGGAGGCUGUGCGGCAGCAUGUGGCCCAGAUACGGCAGCUGGAAAAGCAGAUCUAUUCUAUCAUGAAGUCUUUGCAGGAUGACAGCAAGAAUGAGAACCUGCUUGACCUGAACCAAAAGCUCCAGUUGCAGCUAAACCAGGAGAAGGCUAGCCUACAGCUGGAAAGUGAAGAGCUUAAUAUCCUCAUCAGGUGUUUUAAGGACUUCCAGUUGCAGCAGGCCAAUAAGAUGGAGUUGCGAAAGCAACAAGAAGAUGUGAGUGUGGUCCGUCGCACUGAGUUCUACUUUGCUCAGGCACGAUGGCGCUUGACAGAGGAAGAUGGACAGCUAGGAAUUGCUGAACUGGAGCUGCAGCGGUUCCUCUACAGCAAGGUGAAUAAGUCUGAUGACACAGCAGAACAUCUUCUGGAGUUGGGCUGGUUCACUAUGAACAACCUCCUCCCCAAUGCAGUUUAUAAGGUAGUCCUGCGGCCCCAGAGUUCCUGCCAGUCUGGGCGACAGCUCGCCCUCCGCCUCUUCAGCAAAGUCCGGCCCCCUGUUGGGGGUAUUUCUGUUAAGGAACACUUUGAGGUAAAUGUGGUGCCUCUCACCAUCCAGCUGACACACCAGUUCUUUCAUAGAAUAAUGGGCUUUUUCUUUCCUGGCCGAAGUGUGGAAGAUGAUGAGGUUGGUGAUGAAGAAGAUAAGUCCAAACUGGUGACUACUGGAAUACCAGUGGUGAAGCCUCGGCAGCUGAUUGCUACAGAUGAUGCAGCACCACUGGGCCCUGGGAAGGGUGUGGCACAAGGCUUAAACCGGAGUUCUGGUGUCAGAAGAUCAUUUCGGAAAGUACCUGAGCACCCUGUGGAUGAUAUUGACAAGAUGAAAGAGCGAGCUGCCAUGAACAACUCCUUCAUCUACAUAAAGAUUCCACAGGUUCCUCUGUGUGUCAGCUACAAGGGUGAGAAAAACAGUGUGGAUUGGGGUGACCUUAACCUGGUGCUGCCCUGUCUGGAGUACCAUAACAACACAUGGACAUGGCUAGACUUUGCCAUGGCUGUCAAGAGGGACAGCCGCAAAGCCCUAGUUGCCCAGGUAAUCAAAGAGAAGCUAAGGCUGAAGCCUGCAACAGGGUCUGAGGUCCGAGGAAAGCUAGAAACUAAAUCAGACCUCAACAUGCAGCAGCAAGAAGAGGAGGAGAAAGCCCGGCUCCUCAUCGGUUUAAGUGUGGGCAACAAGAACCCUGGCAAGAAGUCCAUCUUUGGCAGGCGCAAGUGAUCCAGCAUCCAAGAGUGGCUGCAGU